CACAUAACACAUAAUACUAAACUAAACAAACAUGUUUCAUUUCAUUCUUUAAAUAUUCUAAGACUAUGUCAAUAGAGUUAAGUACUUGAUCCUCUCCUCAAUAUGAGUAAUACUACUAUGACCGCUUCUACUGAUCAAUAUUGGAUGCAAUUCUAUCAGCAACCUCUCAUGGAUGAUCAUGCUAUAGAAAAUUUCUCUGAUUCUACUGUUAUGACAACAAAUCCUCUUCCAUUAGAAACCAUGGUUUUGAGUCCAACAAACUCAUACACAAACAACACUAGUGACCAAUUGACACCAAAGGGUGGUAAUGUAUCCAAACCUAUUAGAAGAAGAUCUAGAGCUUCUAAGAGAACACCAACAACACUUCUCAAUGCAAAUACAACAAAUUUCAGACAACUUGUGCAGCAAUUCACAGGUUGUCCUAGCACUACUUCGUCGUCGAUGUCGUUGUCGUCGCUAGGUGUUCAUAAAGGACCUAUUACCUUAAACUUUCAACAAGGUAGCAAACAGAAUAUUCAACAUGAUACAUCAACAGCAACAGCUAGGUUAAUGCCACAGUUUAGUAGCAGCACAGGUUACAAUCAAGUUUCUAGGCCAUUUCCAUUGAAGAUGGAACAAAUUCAAGUGGCUCAGCAACUUCAGAAUGGUUAUAACUCGUUUGAUUAUGUCAAGAACAACGAUUUUAUUCCGAAUUCGGGUAAUAUGGAUGUUUCUGAUGGAUUGGUUGUGGAUAAUGAUUUUGGUUUGCAAGAUCUAUCUGUGAAUGCAUUCUCUAAUGAUACUUUUAUGUGAUGGAAAUUAUUGUUUAAUUAAGUAGACUUAGUUAUGUUUUGUUUAUUGUUGUAUGCAUUUUCACCUAUUAUAACAAUAAUGUAUAAGGUCUUUUUUAUAUGCUGGCUUUAGUAUCUUUAUAUUCAUCAGAAGAAAGCAUGUGAGGUGUUCUAAGCUAGUGUGAUUCAUUCAUAUCUUGUAGCUUUGAAUUGAAUUGGAUAGUUCAAAAGAAGUGAUGCAGUUUUGGUCACCGGGAAGAGUUCGAGGUGGAUUGGAAUAGAAUGGUGGGCUAGUUUUGGCUGCAUCUGUAGCAUAAUCAAAUACUACUUUGAACAAAGUUCAUCCUUAUCUUUUCUCUCUUAUAUUACGAGGUUUAUUUAA